ACGACGCUGCCGCCCCCGACGCCACCACCAACGAUGGUGAAAAAGCAACAUCCGCUCCGGUGAUCACUCCUGAAUUCAGGCUUGCAAAUCACUUGCUACUCUCCAAAAAAAGUGGCGGUUACAAGAACGUUGCUUUUUCGCCUUUGUGCAUCAAACUCCUUCUUAGCAUUGUCGCCGCCGGGUCUAACGGCCCGGUUUGUGACGAACUCCUCUCAUUCCUCCGAUCAGAAUCCAUCAACCAUCUCAACUCCGUGGCAACUCAGCUCUUGUCCUCCGUGCUUGUCGACCCUUUUUCGAGCGGCGGACUUCUCCUCUCUUACACGAAUGGUGUUUGGGUUGACAAAAGGCUAUCUCUAAAGCCUUCCUUCUCACAAAUUUUGGAGAACACUUACAAGUCCACUUUGACUUCACUUGAUUUCACAAACAAGGGUAAAGUAGCGAAGGAGAUUAACUCAUGGGCUGAAAGGGAGACCAGAGGCGUUAUUAACAAUAUCAUUGAUCCUGAUUCAAUCCAAUUGAAGGACGUGAUCAUGGCUAACACACUACUUCAAAGGAUUAUGGAGAGACAGCGGCACCUUCAGAAAAAUGGAUACACUGGAUGGUGACUUUCAUCUCUUAGAUGGGGGUGGCUCAGUGAAGGUUCCCUUCAUGGAUGGAAGUCACCACUAUUACGCCAUUGCUCAUCAUUAUCAAGAUUUCAAGGUCCUCAGUCUUAAUUACAGGGAAGCCAGAGAAAAUGUGCCCAAUAGGAGGUACACCAUGCACAUUUUUCUUCCGGAUGAAAUCAACGGCUUGCCGGCUUUGGUCCAAAAGGUGUGUACUGAAUCUGAAUCUCUUGCAAAGAUGCUCCCGAGCGGUCAUAAAAUAUUAGGUAUGUUAAAGAUCCCAAGAUUUAAGUUAUCUUUUAAGGUUGAGGCUUCUCCAAUGUUAAAGGAGAUGGGUUUGGUGUUACCAUUCAUGGAAGGAGCUUUCACUGAAAUUGUGGAAGAGAGAGCUGCGUAUAUUUCUGACAUUAUCCAGAAAUGCAUCAUUGAAGUGAACGAAGAAGGGACUAAAGCUGUUGCAGCUGCAAGGGUGCAAUUACCUACGACUUCAUCAGGAAGAACAACGAAGAAGCGUCCUCCUCGUUUUAACUUUAUUGCAGACCAUCCAUUCUUGUUUCUGAUUAGAUAAAAGUACACUGGAACUGUUCUCUUUGUUGGUCAAGUGCUCAAUCCUCUUGAUGGUUGAUACCAUUGGUUAUCAAUAUACCAAAAAACUCAAGUUACUAGGUUGCUGAUUUAUUACGCGAAGAUGAGUUAUUGGUCGAACUGUAUGAUAUGGAGACGAAUAUUGUUCGUUAAGGAGUGAAUUUUUGUUCGAUGCAAAUGCUUAAUUGACUAGCUUAUCGGUAUUUAUUUA